CUGGCAGCAUCUUUCUCCGCGGCUGGCCAGGGCGCCGGGUGGGCGGAUGCAGGAGGCCGCGGGGAGCAGCUCGGCGCCGCUGCCGCCGGCGGGAGGCCAGCGGCGGGAGCUUCACCCAGCUGGUCCGCAGCCAGUGAGGUCCCUCCAGGUGGCCAUGCUGAAUGGGGAGACGAGCAACUCUGCAGCCAGGAAUGUGGUUCGCAGCUCCAGCAUCAGUGGAGAAAUGUACAACAUAGAGAAGAGUAAUGGUGGCAAUUCCGAUUCAGCAAGUCUUUCCUCCACUAAGAAGCGGCGAUCCAGCCUGGGGGCCAAGAUGGUGGCUAUUGUGGGGCUGUCACAGUGGAGCAAGAGUACUAUGCAGCUCAAUCAUCCUGAUGGUGGCUUAAAGAAACUUCGAAGUAACAUUCGUCGCAGCACCGAAACUGGGAUUGCUGUGGAGAUGAGAAACAGGGUCACCCGUCAAGGCAGCCGGGAGUCAACCGAUGGAAGUACUAACAGCAACAGCUCUGAUGGCACAUUUAUUUUCCCCACAACCAAGCUGGGAGUUGAAAGCCAGUUCAGUGACUUCCUAGAUGGUCUUGGACCAGCGCAAAUUGUAGGGCGACAAACACUGGCUACUCCACCAAUGGGUGAUGUCCAUGUUGCAAUGAUUGAUCGGAAUGGACAGCUAGAAGUGGAAGUGAUAGAAGCCCGAGACCUCACACCCAAACUAGCAGCCAAAUCUUUUCCUUCCACGUACGUUAAAGUAUAUCUGCUGGAAAAUGGGGCUUGCUUGGCUAAGAAGAAAACAAAGACUGUCAAGAAGAACUUUGACCCACUCUACCAGCAGGCCCUUCUAUUUGAUGAGGGCCCUCAGGGUAAAAUGCUACAGGUGAUUGUCUGGGGGGAUUAUGGUCGCAUGGACCACAAGUGCUUCAUGGGGAUGGCUCAGAUUGUCCUAGAUGAGCUGGACCUGUCCAGUGUAGUGACAGGAAAUACUGAUUGGCUCAGCCCUCCAUACGCAACUGUUAACGAGCUGCCUCCCGAUGAAAGAGGAACUGAAAAGCUUUCCAGGUCAUGUGGAUGUUCUGCCAUUGGUAUGUUAUGCAACUUUAGGUUAGGAAAUCUGGGACUGCAAUUUGCAAUGUUUUUAUUUUGGAAAUGUUACAGUACUUCAUUUUUAGUGGGCCUGGUGGCACAAAGUCGUUAUAAAAAAGAUUCCGUGUCUGCUUCUGGAAAGCUAUCUGCUCUGUCAUUUUAAACUGCAACCUUGGACUAACCUGAUCCACUAACUGAAAAAACCACUGGGCCAACCCAUGGCAUUCUAGCUUACUGCAUAGCAUUCCGGGAUGUUGGCAGGAGUACAGGUAGUCCUCACUUAACAACCAGUGACUUAAUGACCAUUCAAAGUUAUAACGGACCACUCACAAGAUAUUUGAGACCCAAUUUCAAAGUUACAAUGGCCGCACACCCUCUUGGUCACAUCAUUGUGUUUUGGGCACUUUGCAGCCAGCUUGCCUUUAUGACCAUCUGCAGUGUCCAUAUGACCGUGUUUUUUUAAACUUUUUUUUUUUUGCCAAUUUCUGGUGUUUACUUCUGAUUCUGGCAAAAAUCUCUCACUGGAUAAAACAGAUUCAGUUAACGAAUGCCAUGUUCACGUCAUGAUCAUUGCAAAAAAGGUCAUAAACCUAGGCACCUGUUGUGACCUGCUUAAAGACCACAACAACUUACAACCGUUAAUUCCAGCUUUAAUUAUGGUUGUUACGCUGAGGACUACUUGUAGUUCUGGGCCUCCUUGUCCUCCUUGUCCUUCCAAUACAAAAUUAGGUUCAACGUUUCCCUGCAUCUACCGUAACUGAAAAGAUCUUACUACACAACAAACCAUUAUUUCUUAUUAAUGACCUCCGUGAUAAACCUCCAUGUUCAAGAAGCACAAAUAACUGAUUUAGCAGGAAAUAGUGAAAUCACAGGCAGUUUCCAGCUCUCCUCCUGAUGGAAAAAGGCCUGCUUACUAUUUAUUCAGCAACGAUGCAACAAAUACUUAGAAAAGAAAGAAGCGUGCCAGCA